AAAGUCAUUGUCAAUAGUUUUAAUGUUUGUGCUAGUACUCGAAGAAAUAUAUUCCCUAUUUUAAUCCACUUUAAUCGUGUGAAUCUUGCUAUAAACUUAGUGAAAUAAAUCAACAAUAAUGGCUCCUAAAGCGGGUGGUGAUUCCGCUAAAGUUAAUUCGGCUGUUUACAAGGAUAAAAGCAAGCCGACAGACAUUCGGCUGAGCAACAUAAAUGCCGCAAAAGCCGUAUCAGAUGCUAUUCGCACCAGCCUCGGGCCCCGCGGGAUGGACAAAAUGAUCCAAGCUGCGAAUGGGGAAGUGACAAUAACCAAUGAUGGAGCUACUAUUUUGAAACAGAUGAGCGUGAUUCACCCAGCUGCUAAAAUGUUGGUAGAACUGUCCCGUGCCCAAGAUAUUGAGGCGGGCGAUGGCACUACCUCAGUGGUGGUGAUCGCGGGAGCCCUGCUGGACUCUGCUGAAAAGCUGUUGCAGAAGGGCAUCCACCCCACAGUCAUUUCAGAUGGGUUCCAGAAAGCUCUACAAAUGGCUCUGCAGGUGGUUGAAGGCAUGGCGACUCCCGUGGACCUGGCGAAUGAGGAUGCUCUGCUGCAGGCAGCUGCCACUUCCCUCAACUCUAAAGUUGUGUCUCAGCAUUCAACCAUUUUGGCUCCUAUUGCUGUCCAGGCUAUUCGCGCUGUGAUGGAGCCAAUAGUGGGCGGCGUGGGCGCACGCGUGGACCUCCGCGACGUUAAGGUGCUGGAGCGUCUCGGCGGCACCGUCGAGGACACCGAGCUCGUGCAGGGCCUGGUGAUCCCGCACCGCGCGGCCAACGUCAACGGACCGCACCGGCUUGAGAAGGCCAAAGUUGGACUUAUACAGUUCUGCAUAUCGCCGCCAAAGACUGAUAUGGACCACAACGUGAUCGUGUCAGACUACGCCGCCAUGGACCGCGUGCUGAAGGAGGAGCGUCAGUACAUCCUGAACAUCGUGAAGCAGAUCAAGAAGGCCGGCUGCAACGUGCUGCUCGUGCAGAAGUCCAUUCUCAGAGACGCGCUGAGUGACCUGGCCGUCCACUUCUUGGACAAGAUCAAGUGCAUGGUCAUCAAAGACAUCGAACGCGAGGAUAUCGAGUUCGUGUGCAAGACGCUCGGCUGCCGGCCCAUCGCUUCGCUCGACCAUUUCACCGCUGAGAACCUGGUCAACGUAGACCUGGUGGAGGAGGUCAACGAACCCUCCGGCAAGUACAUCAAGAUGAGCGGGUGCUCUAGCGGCGGGCGCACGGUGUCGGUGCUGGUGCGCGGGGGCGGGCGCGCGGUGGUGGCGGAGGCGGCGCGCUCGCUGCACGACGCGCUGUGCGCCGUGCGCUGCGUGGCGCGCCGCCCCGCGCUGCUGCCCGGCGGCGGCGCGCCCGAGGCCGCCGCCGCCGCCGCGCUGGCCCGCGCCGCGCUCGCGGCGCCCGGCGCCGACCACUACUGCCUGCGCGCCUACGCCGACGCGCUGGAGGUCGUGCCCUCUACGCUCGCCGAGAAUGCAGGAUUAAACCCGAUCGAGACAGUGACAGAGCUGCGCGCCGCUCACGCCGCUGGCGGCGCGGGCGCGGCCGGCGCCGGCGUCAACGUGCGCCGCGGACGCGUCACCGACAUGCGACAAGAGCACGUCCUGCAGCCGCUCCAUGUCACGGCUUCAGCGCUGGGCUUGGCCACAGAGACCGUCCGCGCUAUACUCAAGAUCGACGAUAUCGUAAAUACAAUGAACUGAGGUGCCUACGCUAUUCACAAAGUAUUAGUUUUAAUCUCCUUAGUUUCGUUAGAUGCUUGUUUUAAUUUUCGUCACAGGAUGGCAUUUAUGGAUGUUCACAUUAAGUGUUUAUAUUAUUACUAAUUCAGAAUUAAUGACUGUUAUGUCUCACGAUGCUUUUUAAUAUCUCCAUUUUAAAUGUAAACAGUAAUUGGAAUUAAUUUCCUAAAGAUUAGUCACAAUGAUUUUUAUAUUCGAGAUAGUUGUUUUUGUAAAAUUCUUACAACUGUUUUCUAUUGAGAUAACUGUAAGGGAACUGAUCGCCCUGCUAAAUAGUGUGAAGCUCUAUCUCGCAUGUAUUUAUUUUUGUAUUUUUUGUGGUACUAGCUACAAAUAAGUUAAGUCCCGGAAAAUUUCACGAGGACUACACAACAUGCAAAUAUUAAUAUUUCAAAAUAAAAGUAUUAAUUCAAA